AUGUAUUUCAAGGGCUUGAAUUAUAUUGAUGCUAAUGUAAGGAGAAAGCGCAAAUUAGAGGAUUUGGAAUAUGUGGAACCAAACAAUAUUUACCCAUAUAAUAGAUUCAUCAGUGACAGAGAUAAGAUACUAUUAAUAUUGGAAAAAAUAUUAGAUAUAAUACCAAAGCUAACUUUUAGUAGUGGGAAAAUAUCUGGAGGGCUAGAUAUAAGCUUUUGUAUCGACCAAUUCCAAAAAGUUUGUAUGCUAAUUCAAAGUAUAACAAAUAUUAGUGGAUACUAUCAAGAAGAUGAAGCUAAUGCCUCAAGGAGAGUAUGGAAUGAGAUAUUAUGUAAGUGUCGCUCCUUAUACAAUAUAUUGAUAUCUUGGCUAAUUGUAACAGAUCCAAGCCUACUUUUAUCUAUUUUAAACUGCAUUCCAAAUACAAUAAAAUUUUUUUGUGAAGUUUCUGAUAUUAUUUAUAAUUGUGAUAGCAAUAGUAAAGUCAAUGAGAAUAGAAAUAAAGAUUUAGAGGAUAAAAAGUUUACUACUGACUUUAUUAUUAGGCAAAUACUUCAGAUAUAUGGAUGUUUAAGUAUUUACAACAACACUAAAAUUCGUGUUGCUUGUAUUUACAGCAUUAAUAUAUUGAUGGGCACAAGACACUUUAAACUUGAGUUUAUCUAUGACGCUUUUUUACCCCCAAUAUCACCUACUGACUAUAUAAAAAAAAAUAAACUUUUUGAUUUAAGUAUGAAUGGUGACACUACAAAUCCAAUGGAAUUCAAAAAAUCAGUACUUUCAAUGAAUUCUUCCCUUGAUAAAUAUAUUGCUUCUCAUGGAUUUUCUAACCUCUUUAAAAAAAGAUUGGAUAGACUUAAUGGAGAAAGUAAUGAACUUUAUGAUAAGGGGUGGCUAUUACGUCGUCUUGACGAUGAAUCUGCUUCAGUUAGAUUUGAAGUAUUGAUGUUAAUAUACCGUAUAUUAAUUAUUGAAAGCAAUGGUAUGAAGAACAAGCUCUUAUUAAAUCUUCGCGAUACUCUUUUUGACUGCUUUUUGGAUGAUCAUCAAGCAAUUCAAUCACUAGUUGCUGAAAUUCUUAUUUUAUUUUCUGCAAAAUAUUAUUUAGAAGAGAAGGAUUUACCAAAACUUUUACCAGUUUUGAAGGAUAGUAAUAUAUAUACGAGAUAUAAUGCACUGAAAGUACUAGCACUAAGCCGAUUUCACAAUGUUGAUGUUGUUCACACUGUUCUAAUGGCUUUAUUAGAUUCUCCCUUAUUAUAUCUAGACAAGAAUAUUGUCUAUAAUGUAUUCUCUUGCAUUGCUUUAAACCACUCCACAAUGGCGCCAAUACUUGUACCUACAUUGUUUCAGCAAUAUAGUAAUAGGAAAGAAGAUUACUAUCAUGUAAACAUUUCAAUCUUUUUAUUUUGGUCUCUAUGGAAAACUCCCUCAAUAGCUGAACAAAUAAGCCUCGAUUUUUUGUUAUUAUAUCCCUAUAUAAAGUCACACUUUGCAAAAGAAGUUCCUUACUUAAGAUUGAGACUGAGUUACUACAACUUUAAGAACUCUUUCCAAAUACUACCACAACACUAUAAUACUAAUAUUUUGAAUCACGCAUUUGCUUUAUAUCACUCGAGUUAUAUUGAGGAUGAAUUGAAUGUUGUAAGUAGUACAGACUUAAAACCUAAGGUAUUUCUGCAAAUUGGAAAUAGGACUAUGAUUAAUUUUAUAAACAAUCAAACUAUACUUGGUAACCUCACAUAUUCAUUGAUUCCUCCAGACAUUAUUAUCGAGAGUGUACUUAAGAAAAUUCUGUCUCGUAAUCAAUCUAUGGAAAUGAGACUGCAGUUAACGAACUCGUUUUAUAUAUUAUACAAGAUUUCUAAAUACAUGCAAUAUCCUAAAAUAAAGAGCUACUAUCUUUAUUAUUUUUGGAAAAAAAUUUCAUAUUGCCUUCAAUAUUUAGGUAUAAGAGAUUUUCAUGAAAUUUUGGAGUUUUCUAAACUACUUCUAAAUGGUCUCAAUAUGGAAAAAGUGUACUAUUUUAAAAAAUUACUACCAUAUUCGCCACUAUGGUCCGUAGAUAGUAGAUUUCAUCGUGAAAUAUGUUAUCUUUUGAAUGACAACUACUUUCAAUUUUCUGAAUUUAUUAUAUCAGCUCCUGAUGCAUGCGGUUCAAGAUCAUAUGCUUUUCAUACUGAAAGACUAAAGUCUCUUCAGAUUAAUGAAGUUCAUGAUACUAAUAAAGCAAGAGUAUAUUGUUUAAAUAAAGGAGCUAGUCAAAGUUCUGUUGAAACUCUUUUAUGUCAAUGCUUAAUUUGCCGAUUUUCAAUACAUUGUGAGACUAUACUACAAAGUGAUGUGGAUUAUCUAUCGAAAACCAUCAUUAAAGAUUUCAAAAGAACUAUUUUAAAGUGGUAUAAAACUCCGAUCUACAAAUUUCCAUGUAAAAUUAGCUUACCUAUUCCAAUUGAAAUAAGUUUUGAUAUAAAGAAAUCGGAACAUGAUCAUUGUACUCAUAGGGAUCCACUAAAUUUGUUUAUUUACACACAAGAGCUCCAAAUACUUUAUUUCAAAAAAUUUAAGACAAAUCCUCAAUAUCUGAAAAACCUAAAAGGAAUAAAUCCAGCACUUUUUGGUUUCUCAAAGUUUCAGCAUACAACAUCCACUAUAAACUUUUAUGAAGAUAAAGUAUCUACCGGUUAUUCAUUCUCAUAUGAUAAUAUACGUCUUAAGAAAUCUAAUGUAAUUAUUGAUAAUGAGAUGCCAAUUAUACAUAGAUUUGUUCCGUGGAGUAUGCAUACUAGACAAUUCCAUGUAUAUCCUAUUGCUAGUAAUACAAUUAGACUCACAUCUUUUUAUAGUGUAGAUGCUCAUUAUAAGAGACCAUAUGCCUCUGCAGUUCCUCUUUCUAUUUCACUAAUGAGAGAAGAGAAAAACCAUUAUAGAUCAAUAUCGAACCAUCAUACAAUCAUGUAUCAACCAACUGUUAUGGUUUAA